AUGGGAAUACACAACUUGUUGCCCUUCGUGAAGAAUGCAUGCCGUCAGGGAAAUAUCAGUGAGUUUGCGCAUCAGUCAAUUGCUGUAGAUGUUAGCUGUCUGUUACAUCGAGGAUUGAUAGGCUGCGCUGACAAAGUUGCUCAAGGAUGUGAUACCGAUUUUUAUAUACACUAUGUGUUGAAAUACGUGAAAGCAUUACUCUCAAUCGGUUGUCACAUUAUUCUUGUUUUUGAUGGACAAAUGCUGCCUGCUAAAAAAGGAACUAAUAGUUCACGACGUGAGAAGCGUGAUUUUCAUAAGCAAAGAGGUGAUUUGUUGAUGAGUGAAGGUAGAACCAGUGAAGCUUACGACUGUUUCAAACGUAGUGCUUCAUUAACACUCAAAGUCAUUGAAAGUACUAUUCGGGCAUUUCGACGUUUGAAUAUGGUUGAUGUUAUCGUAGCUCCUUAUGAGUCAGAUGCGCAACUGACUUUUCUGACUAAAACAAAAAUGGCUCAAGCAGUAGUUACGGAAGAUUCUGAUCUUAUUGCUUUUGGUUGCGAAAAAAUAAUUUUCAAGAUGGACCCUACUGGACCUUGUGUUAUUUUUGACCAAAACUUAUUACCAAAAUGCCUGUGUAAAGCGCUUGCAGAAAAUUUUGAUUUUGAUAAGUUUCGAAGAAUUUGCAUUCUUUCUGGAUGUGAUUACUUGCAGGCAGGUCUUCCUGGAGUGGGCUUAAAUAAAGCAGCAGCUUUUUUCGCAAAAACCAGUGGUAGAGAUUUAUAUCAGGUAUUACCUCGACUUCCACGGUACCUCAAUAAGAAUUCAUUGAAAGUGACCAAACAGUUUAUCAAUGACUUCAUUCGUGCUGAAAAUACAUUUCUUUAUCAAAUUGUUUUCGAUCCGCUCGAGAAACGACAGCGCCCGUUAAACGAAUAUCCGCUGAGUCAGCAAAGCAGUGAAGAUGAUAGUGAAUUUCGCUCGAAUAGCCAAGGAAGUAAUGAUCACUUUUCUUAUGCGGGAAGUAUUCAACCACCAGAAAUUGCUACGAGUUUUGCCUUAGGAAAUAUUCCGGGUAGUUCUCAAACUGAGCAAAUAACUUUACCUGAAAAUGUACCUGAUUGGUCAAUUUGGAGCUCCAACUACAAAAGUGCAGAAAUGCGACAGAGGGAAAAACGUGACGAGGAAAUCAGAAAAAAAUCUUGUGGUGUAUUUACGCUUGAAUGUUCCCGACCGCCACCGCUGCGUAUUUCUAACUGCUUGUCGGCAAUGGAUUCCAAAAUAUUUUCAAGUAUUUUAACCGAUGAUAACGACGACUUUGUUUUGUCUAAAAAAACGAAGGAUUUACAUAAAAAAUUGCUAGUAGAAACUUCAAAAACCAAUCAAAUUUUAACAAAAAUGGAUCAUAAAUUGCCUGUUCAUUCUAUCGGUGUUGCAAGAAAUGGGAACGGUGCCCGUCGAAAUUGGAAUUGUGAUCAUUUACUAAAAGAAUUUACUACUACAGCAAAUAUGCCGCAUAAAAAUAUUGCAAACUCUUAUCACGCUUUGGUAGAAGUACCUGUUAAAAAAUCACGGAAGACCGAUAAAGAUGACCAUAUCAAUCAAAAUAAUCAUGUUGAUAAGGAUAUCAUACCCGUCUCGUCAUCAAUGGAAAUCUCAGCCAAAACGUCGAAGAACAACAUACUUUAUAGCAAAUAUUUUUUCAACAAAGGCUCAAAAACGAGCGGUCUUUUACGAAGCUCAAUUUAUUCGCGUGCUGUCCCCAGUGUUUUUCAAACAGAAUUAUCUCAGACAGAUAGCGAUGGAUCUCAAAAUAUUCUGAGAAAAGCAAAUUCAGAUAUGCCAAACGAAAAAUAG